AUGAAUCAAGAAGACCCCCCUCAACAACCCCAAUCACUUGUCUCAAAGCAAAACAAGAGAAGUAAUUUCCAGUUCACAUACGACUCGGAGAAUUUUUUGUUAUCACUAAUACAUAAAUACAAGGAAGACAUUUUCACUAGAGGCAAUAGAAUUAAAACUUGGGAAACAGUAUUGUCUGAAUUCAAUAAUAAAUAUAAAGCCAAAAUUAUACAAAGUCGAACAAUAAACCAUCGAUUCCGAAUGUUGAAAAAAAAUUUGGAGAAUAAACUUGUGCAUGAAAGUCAACCUAUUCCACAAUUGAAUCUAAAUGAAAACGAGAAGUUGUUGAUUGAUAUCAUGGAGUAUAUGUAUAAAAACAAUUAUGCAUCAACAGAUCCUUAUUCAUUGAGCACAGGCGAUACGGGUGUAUAUUCGGAAACUAGACCAUCGAUUGAGCCUCGCGGACUGGAUCAUUCAGAAAGAGGAACUGUGGGUGCUAGCUACAAGACUGGAAGCAAAAGUGGUUACACAACCGGCACUUCUAUGAGUUCGAUCGCAUCGUCAAUGAUUACACCAUCGCAUCAAGGGAGUCAUGAAACCAGUGAUUAUUCUAGUGGCGAGUUAUUAACCACCAACCCCCAAACAGCUGAAAAUCCAAGCAUUAUAGGUGCUGGCUCGUUGUCAUAUUCCAAUAGAUUAAACCAAGUUCGAGACCCUUACAUUUUACUGCAUGAAGUUGCAGCCGCUCACCAAUUGCUGUAUCAACCACAACCAUUGUUUCAACAAGAUCAACCACUGAGUCUUUCUACCAAUCAAUUGAACGAAUCAGCGGAAGUCAUACAUUCAGGGCAUCAUUCUGCGAUGUUUGAUGGCUUACACCAGAAUGCUCAUCAAAAUCUCCAACAGCAACAGCAGCAACAGCAGCAACAGCAGCAACAGCAACAGCAACAGCAACAACAGCAACAGCAACAACAACAGAUAAACCUACAUUCAGACUCCAUAUCGUCACAUCCCAUUUUCCCCCAACAUAAUUUGUAUUCACAGGCUGUUGAAGAAUCCUCAAAUGUGUUCAAAACGCCGUACUUCAAAGGUCCACCCACGACUAAUCCAACAUCAUCUGCUGCUUUUUUGCAACCCACUACCACCCAACCACGUACAAGAGCUAGACAUAUGUCCAUUGCCACACCACAAAUUGAGCAUGCCAGUUAUGACCAGAACCGGUAUUCAGUUCACCAGGAUUUGCAUCAAUCAGCACCUCAACAAGAUGGACUGCAAUCUCAGUCUUAUGACACGAAUUUACCACAGACUCAAUCAUCAAAUCAGCCGCUGAGUUUGGCACAAUCUCAACAGGUGCGAGUGCUCAUGCAACAACAGGCUCAAACACAAAAUUCAACGCAAGCAUUACUCAAACAAAUAUUGGCACUGCAGGCACAGUACAAGUCUGAAAUAUUAACAAUGAAAGAGGAAAUCAAGAAUCUACGAGCAGAAACGACAGAGAAAAUUGAUCGCAUAUUGAGCCAUUUGAAUCAAAAGGCACUGCUGAAUGAGCUUCUUGUUGGUUCGUCUAAAUUACCCAGUCAUCUGCUGGAACAUCGUUCUGGGAGUAAUGAUCUGUCGCUGAAGCAAUCACAACAACAGCAACAACAACAACAACAGAACCCAGUACAACCUAAUGCAAGUGCAAGUUCAAGUGACGAAGAUAUGCUGUUUGAAAAGCUACAAGAUUAA